UUUCCAAAUGUAUGUGUGUUUCAUAGUCAAGCAAGACAAUCGGGAGCGGACAACCAUGUACAGACUAACAGCACCUCCAGAACACUAGAUACACUUGCCUGUGUAGCGGCUGAAAAACAACGACGCCCCUUCAGCACAUUUACCAAUAUUAGAACUCUUGGACACGUUAUACUGGAUGUCAGACCGUCCACAGUGAAAGGUCGAACUAUAAUACGCCCUUCAACAAGUUUCUCUGUAAAUGGUCGAAGUUUUGCCAGGUCUAAGAGUGAAAAACCGAUCGUCACUGCUCGUCUGAAACGUCAAGUUCUAGGUUAUAUCUGCGAAUAUCCCAUGACACCUGAUGUGUCCUUCUCCCCAGACAAUAUGGACAACAAAAGUGAUAUAAGCUUAAGCAGACUAUCAACAACCUGCCUUGGAGCAGAAAUGAAAGUUCGGUUGAACGAAACAUUAGAACCGUCCUGCACAUUUCAUCUGUUCCCGUCGGAAUCUGUUUUGGAAGGACCGCCUAUUAUACUGAAAACUGCCAAACCUAUUCUUUGGAACCCUUCGACUUCCUCGCCUGUGCACCGAAAGGACAGUCGGCGAGAAACAAUGGUUUCAUCUCCGUUCAGAGGUUAUGUCAAAGUGAUAGAUCCAAACGUCGACUACAAGCCAAAGAUGAAACUGAUUUUAAAUAAAGAAGACGCGGGCAAGGUAGAUUUUCCCGUUAUCAAAUCGAAGAACGGUAUGCUUGUCGCAGCAGAUAUAAAUCUUAGUGAUCAAGCAAAAUUUAAGGAAGAGUCAAUGCAACAAAAGAGUCACGAAGGUACAGUUCUUCCGGAAAAAAAAUCAUCAAGCGCCUCUUACGAGAAGACAAGUAAAUUGUUCUGUACAAAAAAUUUAAGAAGUAGAUUUGCUGGAUACAUCAAAGGAAAGAAAACACGUGCAAGUGCCUUGCGCAAAUCUGAAAACGCGGCCAAUAACAGAAAUGCCUAUUCUGCCAGAGUGGUACGGUCAGAUCGGAGCGAUCUGCCUAAUAGCCUUCGUGGGGAGUCUGUUAGUCCUGGAUUGAAUUACUGGACAGAGGAACCGGAAGAAUAUACAAACGAGACAAAGCCUGGAAAUGCUGUAAGCAUUUCCACAAUCGAGAGCUCUGAAAGUAUGAAGCGGGUUGCUGAGUAUAUUCUGAGGGAAAACAACAGCGUGGGAAUCAACGCAACAUCUCAAGAGGUCAACUCCGAUUCCCUUACACCUAGAGAUGGGAUGUGGUUUGAUUCUGCAGGACGAGCUUAUGUGAGCCUUGCCGCUCGCUACGAUCCUCUCAAGAAAUGAUCAUUUAUUGUAUUGAAUCAUCAAGGUCGAGCCUGAUUUUCCUCCUGAUGCCGCGGGUCUCACCUGGUGUGAGAGACUAGAACUACUACGAGCAGUCAACAAAAAACCAGAAAAAGUAAAACCGAAACCUCCCAGAAUACGAUUCUUCAAGGAUCCUCCCAAAGAAGACCAAGAAUGUUCUGCUCCUCUCAUCGCCCAAUCUACUCGCGCUCAUCUUUACGAACAACGGCGAAUGAAACAUCUACUGGAACAGGCUAAAGUCAAAGGCACAGAUCAGUUCGUAUGGUUGACAGACAGCGUCAGGUUUCGUGGAGUAUCCUCAGACAAUUCUAAUUCUUCUGACGACGACUCGGAUGAAAUAUGUAGUGGGUCUUCAGGGUCGCGAUGCACGUCCACAAAGCCAUACGGUCCUGGUAUGGACGUGCAUAAUGCCGAGAAUGCUUUGCUGCAGCGGUACAAUAUGCCGUCAGUGAAGGGAGGCGGAUGGAAAAUGACCCCAUACCCUAUUACCAUACGUUCUCGAACUACCUUGUUUCAGAACUGAACAUGCGUAUGUGAUAUGUGUACAAAAUUGUGAUUUGCAUGUACUAAUGUUUAUUCGUCUUUACAACACUUUCUAAUUGUUACUCGUCUAUUAAUCCAUAUUUAUAGCAUGAAUACAAAUUUUAAUGAUUAAAAACAAGGACGUUCAAUUCGGUCGUUUUUUAUACACGUUUGUUGAAUGUUUUAAUGGGCUAUUGCUCUAUCUUAUUUGCCAAAUAUACUUUUCAAUUAUCUUUACCAAAUUAGCUGUUUGUUGUUUGCGCGAAAGUGUCAAAACAGUCCAAAUAGCGCUUUCUAAGUUUAGUCUGAGUGUAGUAAGAAAUUAUUUACAAUCAUGAGUAAGAAUACUUUAAUGGUAUUUUGUUUUAAUUUGUAUAAAGCUCAUGAAAUUCUUGAUAUCAUUAAUUCUCACAACAAACUAGGUGCUAUUGAUUUUCUACUUCACCUGUUGUCAAAAGAGUAAGCGUCUGGAAUGCAUUGACAUGCUACUGUAGACAGUUUUGUUGUGAUCUAUUCAUAUUUAAUCAAUUGCAUAUUGUCUGCUUCAGUAAUAAUAAUUUUUGUGUAUUGAUAAAAGGUAUCACACACCAUUGAAAAAUCAAGGCCUGAUAUCAAUAUUUGUUUUAAAAAUGUAAUCUCAUUUGACAUCCGUGCCAAAAUUCCAUGCUGUCAUUAUGAUGUCAAGUAUAAUUUUUGUUGCAUAACAAAAACUAAACAUAAGUAAAUGUCUAUAAGACUUCACAAUGUUUAUGUUAAAAUAACCUUUUGUUAAUAUUUGUAUUUUCGUAUCAUCAUAGAGGACAGCGAAUAUGUUUAAAAACAACUCUGUGCUCCUUGAAGCAAUUAAUCAUGAGUAUAAUAAAUGCAGAAAAAAUAACUAAACAAAACAAUAGAUAGAGAAUCCACAAAUACAACUACAUGAAACACAUUUCUCUAUUUACUCAAACCCAACGCGUGUAUGAUGCUACGGAAAUUACAGAAAGAUUGGAGAAGGCCCAUGUCCUUAAUUGUCCGUGUCUCGUUACAUCUGGUCGACCUCUAGGUUGAGUUAUAUAAUUUAGUCAUAUAACAGCUAAUCAAUGCAAGUUUUUUACAGUGUCUACCAUGCUAUAAUUGUAAACUUUUCGUGCGUCAAAUGCGCAGUAUGAGUAGUGUGUCCUAUAUGCCUAAUACACAAUAUAAGUUGCCACUGUGUGCAUAUCCAGUGAUCUCCUGUUUUAAGUUUUGGUGAUACAAACUGUUGAAAAAAAUGUUUGGCGAAUGAGCAUUUGAACAAAGCUUGAGAUUGAAAUGAGGUCGAAAAGAGUUAACUGUUUGUAAGAAAACUUAAUGGAAACGAUGUUAUUGAAUGUCUUUUUUGAUACGCCCGUCGAAGACGGGGACGUAUUAU